CAUAACUAGCCAUUCACGAGUCUACACACACAUGUGUAAACGUGUAUAAGAUGGGAACUGUACUGAAAGAAAGAAAUUUUUGUCACACAGCAAGAAAAUAUCUACAAGAAUAUAAUAAUUCUACGAGCAUUCAUGGUCUUCAUUAUUUGACGGAGGAAAGAUCGCUUACCGAAAAAAUUGUGUGGAGUAUAAUUUUGUUAAUUUCUUUGUCUGGAUGUGUUUACAUGAUUUCUGGUAUUGCAAGGAAAUACCAAAUUACUCCAGUAGUGGUGAAUAUUGCCUCGGAAGACACCCCGCUGUACGAGAUCCCAUUUCCAGCUAUUACAAUUUGUCCAGAAGCUAAAUUUUCUUCGAAUGUAUUUAAUUAUACGGAUUUUUACUUUAAACUGUCAGCACUGGAUAAAGACGCAACAGAGAAUUUAGCCGAGUUACGCAAUUUUACUUAUUUGAGUUUGUUGUGUGAUGAUCCAUGGAAACAGGGAAACAAAACAGUGGAAGAAGAUUUUUUUAAAGUCAUUACAGAGUUGGCGCCUAGCUUUGAGCUAGACUGCACUAUGAACGAAACCUAUUUUAAGGCUCGAGACGUCUUCACUCCAGUUCUAAUCGAUCAAGGAAUAUGUUACUCUUAUAACAUGCUAGACCGAUCACAUAUAUUCAGAGAUAAUGUGGUACACCACUCAAACUUCUAUAACGUCAGACAAAAGUCUCAUGAUUAUGAUUUUGAUGCCGGAUGGGGUUAUAGUAAAGAAGCAGAAAUGGAAACUUAUCCCAGACGUGCACUAAUGUCUGGUGCGGACAAUUCCUUUGACAUUUACUUAAAGUACAAUUCCAAUGACACUGACUACAUUUGUAACGCCUUCCACCAAGGAUACAGGAUAUUAAUACAUAGUCCAUGGGAUGUACCACAUUUAUCAAGUUAUUAUUUCAGAGUCCCACUUGAUAAAGCUGUACUUGCAGCUGUGGAUCCUGAAUUAAUAAUUACUUCUGAGGAAGUGCAAAAGUUUCAUUCAGAUAAACGAAAAUGUUACAUGAUAGAUGAAAGGCCUUUGAAAUAUUUUAAAAUAUACACCGAAUCCAACUGUUUUUUUGAAUGUUUGACAAAUUAUACCUUGGAAAAAUGUGGAUGUGUACAGUAUUUUAUGCCAAGAAAUAAGUCAACUCCUGUUUGUGGAACAGGUAGUUAUGAUUGUACAACAACCGCUGAAAAUGAAUUAAAAAUGAAAGACAUACGAACAAAAAUAUCAGGAAAAACUUAUUGCAAUUGUAAACCGCAAUGUACUGCCUUAAGGUAUCACGUUGAAAAUUCACACAGCGACUUCUAUUGGAGAAAUUAUUUUAAAGUGUACAAGCAUUAUAAUGCGGAAGAUUCAGAGGACUUUGGAGAAGAGACACACUGGUCUGUUUUAUCUAUAUAUUUAAAAUCAGAAGAGAUUAUAACGUUAGAGAGACGUGAACUCUAUGGAAUAUCAGAUUUCGUCGCAAACUUCGGAGGACUUCUUGGAUUGUUUACAGGAUUUUCUCUGAUAUCACUAAUUGAAAUGAUUUACUUUUUGACACUUAGAAUUUGUUGUAAUCAAAGGUUGUCUGGACAUUGGUCAGGUCGAUAAAGUAUUAAAUCAAUAUCGCUGUAACACAGAAUUUGUUGUAAUCAAAGGUUGU